CCCCGCGCAUGCGCGGACGGGCGCCGGGGUUCCCCUCAGCGUCUCCGCCCGGGCCCGCCGCAUGUCGGAGCCGGGCGCCGCCGCCUGGGUCACCAAGAGUUGCGUGAGGCCCGUCGGGGCACCCCCCGGCCGCUGCUGAGCCUCCUCGGGCCCUCGGCAGCGCUGCAGCCCUGCCCUGGGGGGAGCAAGAGAGGGGAGCGGGAAGGUCGCUGCGGGGGGAAUUGGGAGGAGCUGGGGCCUGUCCGCUGGGUGAGAGCGGCCGGCGGCGGCUCCGGGGCGCUGCCCCAUCCCUUGGCCUCGGUGGAGACGUGGAGCGGGGUGUUGGGUCCCUCUCUCGGUGCAGAGGCCAUGAAGAUCAACCAGAACACGGUGCUGCAAGGACAGAGGGUGACCCUGGUGCCAUACACUUCUGCACAUGUGCCCCGGUACCACGAGUGGAUGCAGUCAGAGGAGCUGCAGCGCCUGACCGCCUCUGAGCCACUCAGCCUGGAGCAGGAGUAUGAGAUGCAGCGCAGCUGGCAGGACGACGCAGACAAGUGCACCUUCAUUGUGCUGGACACGGCGCAGCGGUGCGGGCAGGCGUGUGCGGAUGAGGACUGCAUGGUAGGGGACGUGAAUCUCUUCCUCACUGACACUGAGGAUCCGACUUUGGGCGAGAUUGAAAUUAUGAUUGCAGAGCCCAGCUACCGAGGCAGAGGGUUUGGCAAGGAGGCAACUCUGAUGAUGAUGGCCUAUGGAAUGAGAAACCUGGGAAUCACCAAAUUUGAGGCUAAGAUUGGUCAGGAGAAUGAACCCAGUAUCUGCAUGUUCAAAAAGCUUCAUUUUAAGGAGGUUGCUGUGAACAGCAUUUUCCAAGAGGUGACGCUGAGGCUGGAUAUCAGUGACCAGGAGAGACAGUGGCUCCUGGAGCAGACGAACCACGUGGAGGAGAAGAGCUACGUCGAACCGAAGCUGCCAGCCAGGGUGCUGGAGACCUGACAGACACAUCCAGACACAGGCCUGUUCCCAGGGAGGAGUUGGACGCUGUUGCAAGGUCGGGGUGCGGAGGACACCAGUGAGCCGACGCUGCACUUGACUGUUUUCAUCUGUCUCUUUCAGUUACUUUGCCAGCUUUGCACCUUGUUGCACCAGCCAGGAAUACUGCCUGAAAUUUGGACUUGGAGAACAGUCACUAAUUCACAGGCUUGACUAGGAAUGACUAUAACCUUAACAUGCUGUUCCAGCAUAGCCUAAAAUCACCAGCGGUUAAUUGAUUCCUGGUGCCACCAGUUUCUGGACAAGUAGCACCUACCGUUCCUUCUUCCACUGCCCUUUCAGGAUUCAUCAGUUUGACAGGCAGCCUCAGUACACUGGCAGCUCAGGCUGAUUUGAAUAAAAAGAAUCACAGAGAUCUGAGGUGCGUGAGCAUGAUCUGGGAGCACUGGGGCUUAUCUGCUCGCUUUGGCUGCUGAAAGGGUGGUUAGAAGUUUUAAAAGACAGCAGAGACUUUUUGAACCCUAUUUUCUGGGUGUGGUGGGUUGCAGGGGGGCACUGCUGCGUCCUGGAAGUGCAAGGCCCAGGUAUGGGGUGAGCACAACCAAAGGGCAAGUUAACAUGAUGAAAAUUACUGAUAUCAGCUGAGAGAGACUAGAGCCUCGCCACGAUCUCUGCAUAACGGUGGGGCCGGUGGCUGCAGGAGCCUGCUGAGACAAAACCCCUUGAGGGCUGUGCUUUGGACCUGGAAACCUCAGGCCAUCAGUGAAGGGAUAUUGCACUUCGUUUUACCAGGCUGCUUUUGCAAAAGUGAGGAGGAAGAGAACACAACUGAAAUAAGGCAGAAUGGUGAUUCCCUGCUUCGAGAAGCUCAGGACUUGCUCUGCUGAGCCUGGGGGCUCCAUUCGCUGCUCUCCAGUAAGAUCAAUGAGGGGAAAAAUACCUCUUCCUGGGGACAGAUAUAUUUAGGGCAGGAGCUAGCCAGCCAGCCUCCGCAGGGGUAGAUCAGAGAUCCGUGGCUGCAGAAGAGGCACUCGCCUGACUCCCCCUGGACAGACUUUUUAAUGCAGUUAUUUAGCCUGACCUUCCCUGCCCUACGCAGUGUGCUCUCCACAGCAGGGAAGCUUGCUAAGAGGAGAGGACAGAAGGUAAGGAGGAUAACUGACGCUCCUGUAUGUUUUCUCAGUGUAGUAGCAGCCGUAAUGGCUGAUUCUACACCAGAGAUUAUUUAUUCCAAUUAUGCAGUAUCAGGUAAUAGCUUUCAGAUUUGCCCAGGGAUGUUUUUAUCGGAGAUUGGUAGACUGUGGAAUUUUUAGUGUUACUGUGCCUGUAUUUUUAGGGCCUAGGGGUUUUAGUUUUCCAAUUUUAGUUAAUUUAAAUACAUCAUUCCUGUGACUAAUAUUAAAACCAAGCGUGGGAACAGCGUAUCAUGGUAUUUUAAACAACAAGUAUUUAGCGUGGAUUUAGUUGUAGCGAAAGCUUUGUGCAGUAAUAAAGUGAAGAGCAGCUCUACUUCCAGCUGGGAUUACCAUGA